AGACGCCAGCGUGGAUCCGUCUCUUCCUUACUCGUCAUGAGCUUUCUUCUCUUUGUCAUCACAAAUCGCAAUAGCGAGAAUGAGGCAACGCGCGUGCAGUACGUCGACGCUAUGAAGUCUAUGGAGAACCAGUUAUCCAACUUCUCGGCUUGGAUCAAUAGUACGGAAUCUAACUUCACGAUGGCGACCAAACCUAUUGGAUUGAACACACUCCUCCCAUCCUUGAUAAAUCUCCCUGGAACGCUUGAUCCUGCUCUAGAGGCUUACUAUAGCAAUAUAACCGGAUACUUCCAUGGCAAGGCGUUGAUUCAUAACCUCACUGCCCCGGACUUGCCUCCUUGGAAGACAGCAGCGGACACAUUUAUGGCUGGCAGUAACGCUUCGGCACUUGCUGAAAACAUCGGCACUUGGAACUGGGCGGCAUCGACUAAGGUUGGACUCAGUGUCACGGACAAUUUACCUGCGAGCAAAACAGAAAUAUACGGCCGCGAUCCUAGUCAGGUCUCUCGAGACAUAGCCAUAGUUCACGGCAGGAUCGAACUCACGGAUACUGCGUCUGGAGAAGAUUUGAGCCUAUUCUAUGAAGGCGUCCACUUCGUUCAGAACGGAUCAAUCUAUGGGCUAGCCGACUCCACAGGGAAGCAUCCCGAUAUGCGUCUCCUCCCUGCUCUCGUCCCCGCCACGCAUGUCAACGACACUGCACUAGUCAUAGAGGUCGAGCUCGCCUCUCGUAUAUCUCGCAUCAAGGACCUGAUCGAUUCCGGUAAUUUGGAUGCGGAUUCUCCGUCUGAUUCGGAGUCCGCACCGAAAUCGUCGUGCAAUCUCUAUCUCUUCGGCCAGGUUGCCGCUAUACCCAUUCCCGAGGUUGCUCUUCGCGAGGUGGAAGCGGAAAACCAAAAGCCUACCGGAGCCAGUGUUGCUAGAGCGCCAGCAAUGCAUAUUGAUGGCGUACUCAUCAGUAAGGAUUGCGGUUUUGCGAUGGAGUUCCAAGCGGAUGGCAUUAGUACCAGGAAGUGGUAUCGCAAAGUCACCACCUACGCGGGUGCAUCUGCUAUGAUGUAUCUCAUCAUACUCAUCCUUCUUUCGCGUCAAGUGCAACGCAGUCGAACGCCAGCAGGCAUCGCUCGUGUCUCCCGUUGGCCUUUCCUCUCACAGGCCGUCGUAGAUUCCGUGGCAUUCGCAGGGCACAUCACCUUUUCGCUAUUGACAGAUGGAAGGGCGUCGGUAUCGUUAUUUGCGCCUGCUUUCCUAGCAUUUGCGCUCUUCGUGGCAGAAACGCAAUUUGCUUUGUUGGUUUAUCAAAUACAAGCACCCGAGGAUGCGGCUGCGACAGUUGCGACACCGAUACCGACAGCUCGCACCACUGCACCGCCUUCCGUCACUCCUCCCGUCGAGGGGGCACCUGCGGGCGAAGUGCCUGCUACCCCCACCACCAACAACAAUCCAACUUCAAUACUACUACCUUCCUUCCUUGGCCCCUACCUCAACUACGUUCGCACAGAUCCCCAGGCCCGUCUAUGGCUAAUCAUGGCUGUCCUGCUGCUCGUCAUUGUUCACACCAUCCUUGCCCCCAGUCUUGCGUUUUUCUUCACUGGAACCAUGUACACCUUUUUCUGGCUGCCGUUGAUCGUGCGCUCUGCCAGGAGAGGCAGGACAAGCGGCAUUUCCAUGGAGUAUCUCGUCGGCACUACAGCUUGUCGAUUAGCAAUCGCGUUAUACUUCUUGGCGUGCCCGGACAACGUUCUGGAGGUCGAACCAAGGCCGUGGAUAUGGGCUAUAGCGACGAUUGUCUGCCUUGAAUUAGUUGUUCUUACAUUGCAAGAAAUAUGGGGGCCGUCUUUCUUCCUCCCGAAAUCCAUGGCUGUUUCACCCGCGUACGACUAUCACCCACCCAUGCUGCUCCCUGAUGCCGAGGCGCCUGAGAAAUCUCUGGGAGAUUGUUCAAUCUGCAUGGACGCCAUUCUCAUCAGCGACUCGUCUAGCGGACAGACAUCGGCGGCCAAGCCAGGAGACGAACGAGAUGGCUUGGUCCGGCGGGCGGUAGGCGGGAGGAAGCAUUACAGUUUGGCGCCGUGUCACCAUCUCUUCCAUACGGCAUGUUUGGAACAGUGGCUGGCAAUUAAGAAUAUUUGCCCCCAAUGCCGGAGGCCAUUGCCGCCAUUAUAGCUCGUUUCAGCCGGACGUACAUACACUUUUCUCACAAUCU